AUUUUUAUUUUUUUAUUUUUUUAUGAGAAAAGGAAAACACCCAACAAAUUUUCAUACACUUUGCUCUCUCUUCUCUCUUUAGAAAAGUAAUCGAUAUUGACUGGAGUUUUCCUUUGUUUAUCGAUGAAAUAGAGAUUAAUAUUAUAGGAGAGUUGAUUUUAGAUUUUUUAUUAUUAUAGAGAAUCAAAGAAAUGAAGGCGAUGGAGACGAUUCAGGAUCUAAUUGAGGAGGCUAAAGUACGGACGGUGUGGUGGUUUUUGUGUAUCUUUGCCGUUACUUACUUCUUAUCUCAUACGAGCUCAUCAAUGUGGCUAAAUCUACCUGUAUCCAUUCUUUUGAUUUCUGCAUUACGAAUUUUGUCUAAUGAGGUGGAGAUCAGCUGGAAACCACGCAAGCUGAACCGUCCUCAGUCGUAUUUGUCUCAUUUGGAGAAGAAGCAAUUGUCUGUGAAUGAUUCAAGAAUUUCUUCUGCACCCCUUCCACCGAAGUGGAAACGAAAAAUUGAUUCGCUGAUCGUUGAGGCUGCAAUUAAUGAUCUUAUUGAUAAAGUCUUGAAGGAUUUUGUAGUGGACCUGUGGUAUUCAGAAAUUACGCCGGACAAGGAGGCACCUGAACUAAUGCGGUCAGUGAUUAUGGAUGCUAUUGGUGAGAUAUCAGGAAGAGUUAAGGAAAUUAACCUUGUUGACUUGCUAACAAGGGAUAUGGUUGAUUUAAUAGGGGAUCACUUGGAUCUAUUUAGACGAAAUCAAGCCGCAGUAGGCACUGAUGUAAUGGCGACACUUUCCACGGAUGAGAGGGAUGAAAGGUUGAAGCACCAUCUAAUGGCUUCCAAGGAGCUUCAUCCUGCACUCAUAUCUCCUGAGAGUGAGUACAAGGUACUUCAGCGCCUAAUUGGUGGAGUUUUAGCUGUAGUGCUAAGACCUCGAGAGUCUCAAUGCCCCCUGGUUCGAACAAUUGCACGAGAGCUUGUAACUUGCUUGAUAUUGCAGCCUGUUAUGAAUCUUGCAAGCCCUGUGUAUGUCAAUGAGAUCAUUGAAUUUGUUUUGCUUGCCAUUAAAGAUGGUAGCUUAAUGGAGGUAAGUGGUGAUCCGUCUGCUGGGGAUGCACAUAAUGGUGAUUUUUCCUCGGGAAGAAGUUCUUCCUUAAAUAGUCAAAAGACAAAUAUUGUUGACAAAAGAAAGAACUUUCAAGGGACUGACAUGACAUUGGCUAGAAUCAAUGGUCGUAAAGAAACAUCCUUGGAUUAUGAGUCAAACCAGCAAGAGCCUAUGCAGCCACGUUAUGGAGAUUGGGCAAGGGUGCUAGAGGCAGCUACUCAGAGAAGAACUGAGGUUCUCACACCUGAAAAUCUUGAAAACAUGUGGACAAAAGGAAGAAAUUAUAAAAAGAAAGAGACCAAAAGUCUUAAAGUAGGGGUUACUCUGGCAAGGGGUUCUGCAAUAAAUAAUGCUGAACCUGCUAUAAAUGUAGGGAAGGACGCUUUAACAAACAGCACCAUAAUUUCUACAGGAGCAGAGGAGAAAGCAACAGUGCGGCUAACGCCUGAAUCAAGUCAUGAAACUCUAUUAAGUGACGAAAAUAAAAGUGGGAGACAUUUUACCGAGGAACACAAUGAGGUGUUUUCUUUUGAUGGAGCACAUGCUGGUGAUGAAUUUAACAGCCCUAAUAAUCCAUUGAUUAAUGAAAAUAAGAGUAGGCUUAAGAGAUCCAAUAGCACUUCUGCUCUGAAAGUUCAGUCUGUUGAAAAAAAAGCAUUUACAGGAGAUGGCAAAGGAUCCAUUAUUUCUGAGUUCUAUAGCCCAAAUAUUGGCAGGCAUAUUGAAGAUAAUGCUGUUGAGAAGAUCUCAGACAUAGUAUUCCAUGGUGGGGGCCCUCAUGUUCCUAGUCCUAAGCUGAAGUGCCGGGUUAUGGGAGCAUACUUUGAGAAAAUUGGGUCAAAAUCUUUUGCAGUCUAUUCAAUUGCAGUUGCUGAUGCAGAAAAUAGGACUUGGUUUGUGAAAAGAAGAUACAGGAAUUUUGAGAGAUUGCAUCGACAUCUCAAGGACAUUCCGAAUUACACAUUACACUUGCCUCCUAAAAGGAUAUUUUCGUCAAGCACAGAGGAUGCAUUUGUUCAUCAACGAUGCAUUCAGCUUGAUAGAUAUUUGCAAGAUCUUUUGUCUAUAGCUAAUGUUGCUGAACAGCAUGAAGUGUGGGAUUUCUUAAGCGUCUCCUCAAAGAAUUAUUCUUUUGGAAAAUCUGCCUCAGUGAUGAGAACUUUGGCAGUCAAUGUGGAUGAUGCUGUGGAUGAUAUUGUUCGCCAAUUUAAAGGGGUUUCGGAUGGCUUAAUGCGCAAAGUUGUUGGUUCGCCUUUCCCCCUUGACGACGCCGAUUCUUCAAUAUACAGCACGAAUACAUCUUGGCAUGCAGAUGAGAUGAGUAAUAAUGUGAUGAGGCAAGAUACAUCAGAAACCGCAAACAGCUUUUCUGAUAAUGAAGAAAGUCUGAAGCAAGAAAGCCAUGGGCAGGAGGAAGGAUCCAGUGAGCAAGGUAAUAGUUGGCAUUCUGAUAAUGAGUUAAACUCAAAGGGGGUUCCACCUCAAGUGAUUAAGCGUGAUGAGGAGUCCCAGACCUCAGAUGCAAAGUGCAAACAAGGUCUUGAGACAACAUCUGAGCGGUUUAACCAGGGAGGGUUUUUUACAGCAAAUUCUGCGGCAACAAUCUCCACUCAUAUGGAGGAUCCAAUUGGAAUGCCACCUGAGUGGACACCACCUAAUGUAAGUGUACCUUUGUUAAAUCUAGUGGAUAAGGUCUUCCAGCUUAAGAGAAGAGGCUGGCUGAGAAGACAGGUAUUUUGGAUGUCAAAGCAGAUACUACAGUUGAUAAUGGAAGAUGCUAUUGAUGAUUGGCUCUUGAGGCAGAUUCACUGGCUUCGGAGAGAGGAUAUAGUUGCUCAAGGGAUUCGGUGGGUGCAAAAUGCUCUCUGGCCGAAUGGUACAUUCUUUACAAGAGUAGGGGCUACAGAAGGCAAAGUUGAUGAUGCUCAAGUGCAUUUGAUUCCCCUCCAAGUUAGCCAAUUUGGUGGCAGUAAGGUCUCUAAACAAGGUUCCGGUUCCUUUGAGGAGCAGCUUGAGGCUGCUCGUAGAGCAAGUGAUAUUAAAAAGAUGCUGUUUGAUGGAGCUCCAACAGCCUUGGUUAGCUUGAUUGGGAACAAGCAGUACAAACGUUGUGCAAGAGACAUUUUCUAUUUCACACAGUCUACCAUCUGUGUGAAGCAACUUGCAUAUGCAAUACUUGAGCUAUUGCUUGUCUCGGUUUUUCCGGAGCUCCAAGAUCUUGUGCUGGAUAUUCAUGGGAAGAUGGGCGUUUUGCCUUCCUAAGUACUACCUGAGAGAUGGUUGAUUGCCUUCCUGGAUGAUCACAAAGCUCAAAGCAUCCCCGCAGUUCCAAAAAAUGGGCUGAUCUCAUGAAUGGCUCUCGGUCGACCAUAUGCAUCUCUUCUGUUAAAAAAGAAAAAAUUGCUACUGCUAGGGGAUGCAUGUGGCCUACUUUGGGAAAUGAAACGUAGCUGUGAAGUUGAUUGAUUCUAACUGUACAGUGUAUGUAUAGAAAAUUUUUUUGUGCAUGCCAUUCCGCUUAUAAAAUUAGGGAAAUGCCCUAAUUUUCUUGGGUUUUUGUAAUGAUGAAGACUCGAGAGAUACAGUAGUAAGUGGUAUAUCAUUUGUUCAUUCAUAACAGGGGGUUUUUGUAAAUUGAGCUCAAUCACAAUUAAUUCAUGAAUUGUUUCCGAA